CAGCAAACUUCUUUGAGAGCGCUAGCAGACCUACCUGUGGAAGCAACACACCAGGGUGCCACACCCAACUCCCAUUCUCUGUUUCUGGGGAUACUAUAGACGCGGCACUGGAAAACAUGUUGUUUUGGCACAACCAGCCAGAGCCCUACCACCAGCAUUCAACUGCAAGUUAUAUUCGAGAUGCUUUGGCGCCUUUCCUGAAACACGAGGAGGAACGGCACGCAACAGAAAAUGGCACCAAAUGGUCUCCUUUCCAAUAUGUUCUCUGUGCAGCCACCUCGCCCGCUGUAAAACAGCAAGAAGAAACUCUGACUUAUCUAAACCAAGGUCAGUCCUACGAAAUCCGUAUGCUUAACAGAAAACUAGUGGAGUAUACAGAUAUAAGCAGCAAAUAUGUUAAGAGCAUUGUGCGUGUGGUGUUUCAUGACCGGCGCCUGCAGUACACAGAACACCAGCAGCUGGAGGGUUGGCGAUGGAACAGGCCUGGGGACAGGAUCCUGGAUGUAGAUACCCCCCUCUCUGUGGGUGUCGUCGAGCCUCGUGCUCACCCGCUGCAGCUCAACACUAUAGAGUUCCUCUGGGAUCCUGUCAAGAACGCAUCCGUCUUCAUCCAGGUCAACUGCAUUAGCACUGAGUUCACCCCUAGGAAGCAUGGUGGGGAGAAGGGAGUUCCCUUCCGUAUCCAGAUAGACACCUUCACUCAGAACGAACAUGGAGAGUACCUGGAGCAUAUGCACUCCUCCAGCUGUCAGGUCAAGGUCUUCAAGCCAAAAGGAGCUGAUCGUAAACUGAAGACUGAUAGGGAAAAGAUUGAUAAAAAGUCCCAUCAAGACAGGGAGAAAUACCAAUCCUCUCAUGAAACCACCAUGCUUACAGAGUGUUCCCCCUGGCCUGAUGCCCCAAAUCUCAGCAGCACUAACAACACUCCUUCCCCAGUCUACCACAGCUCCCCCACCUCAUGUAGCUUUACUGAAGGCAACAGCUCUCCAAUCCAGCAGGGGGAGCUGAUUCUGUCCGGCUGCUCUUCUGAUCACCUUGUGCCAUCGUCCUCACCGCAGGACACGCAGCAGUGGCUUCAGCGUCACAGGUUUUCGCCUUUCUGUAGGCUCUUCUCCAGCUUCUCAGACCAGUUUGUAAGUGACUGUGGAUCUUCUGUGAAUGUUGUAGGCGCUGACCUGUUGAAGAUGAGCAGAGAGGACCUGAUCCAAAUCUGUGGUCCGGCAGACGGCAUCCGGCUGUUCAACAGCAUCAAAGGAAGGUAUAUACAGCCCCGCCUCACCAUCUAUGUGUGUCAACAACAGUCCAGGAAUCAACCACAGACCAAGCCAGGGGGGGGAGAGGAGUACCAUGCUCUAUAUCUGGAGGACCUGACACUGGGGGACCUCUCAGAGAAGAUAGCUCUCCUUUACAGUGUAACUCCCCAGCAGAUCAGCCACAUUUACAGACAAGGACCCACAGGGAUACAUAUACUGGUCUCUGAUGAGAUGGUGCAGAACUUCACAGAGGAAACAAGCUUUGUUGUCAGCACUCUGAAAGAUGAAAAUAAUGACAGCUACCAUGUUGUGUUGAAGUGACUGGAGGACAGGUCUGGAGUGGAUGGCUUAGAUCACUGUUCAAGUGUCUGGAACCUAUAGGGCUUGUUGAGGAGUAUUGAAACGUUGUAACAUUAAUAGGUGCAAUUGUAGAUAUUGUUCAUAGCUCAUCCAAGAUAUCAUGUUCCUGUCCAGGCAAUGCAAUAACUCUGAAAAUGUCCUUGUGACAGCUUUUUAGUUAACUUUUUUUUGUUUUGUAUUUUUGUAUUAAGUUAUUGGUUAAUUUUAAUGAGAUGUGUAAUUCGUUUAUAAAGCAUGGUUCAUUACUGCAAAAUGGACAUGUACAUUUUGUUAGUAAAUAUCAUGAAAAUCUAUUUAAAAUCACUCUUAAGUCAAGUUUGUCAAAUGUAUCAUAAAGUGUUGUUCAAAGAAAUCCAAAAUAUACUACAUUAUUGGCCUUCCUUUGUUACAAUCUAUAGUUGUUGAUUUGUUUGAUGUUACAUAUUAGAAGGCAGACAUUAGUUUCUGCGGUAUCAGUACAUUUUGUAUUAUAAAGAGUGGGGACCAACUGUUUUGUAGGGGUCACACUCAAGUAUUCAUUCUCAACCUUACUUUGAUUUCAUCUUCAAAUUAUCAUAUCUUUCCUAUCCACAUGGUUUAUGUUUAUUCAAAAGGGGCUUGUUUUGCAAUACUACAGUGUUUCAAAAGUGAUGUAAAGUAUUAACUCUGUUUGCUUCAUGCCACAAUUGCUUUACCUAUUUUAAACAUUUGAAUUAAAAGAAUCCAGACAAAUAUUUCAACCCCCAAUAAAGACUUACAGAUAAGGCAAAUGAACAAAUCAUACAGAUGUAAUAGCUAAGGAGUCUAUCCUGCUUCUGUUAUUUAUCUCCCAUUUUAUGUACAGCAUAUCAGUAGUUCCACAUACCUGUCCUGAAAUUUAAAUAGCUUGAUAUUGUCCAAUAUGUUAAGGAAAGUAUUACUGCCAAUGCUCGAAUGUUAAUGAAAAAGACUUGACUGUGAUGUGAUUUCACUCAACAUAAAGAAUUUUGCACUGCUCUGUA